UACGACGAGUUCAUCGCGCUGUGCUUCCUUCAGAUGCAGGGGCGCGACCCCGACGGUCAGCGGGACAUCACGCUGGGUAUCAUGCGCUCGUUGAUGCCCCCGGGUGGGGACAAGAUCUUUCGCAAGCUCUUCCCCACGAACAAGUUCUCGCUCGAGCUCAACGCGGUGAUUUGCAAGAUCGUGUUCGCGUGGAUGGUGGGACCGAUGACGGUCGAGUCCACGACGGAGAAUGAUCUGGGAGAGAUGAUCGCGAGCAAGGUUCACAUCAAAAAGUGCAGGUGGCUGCAAGAGAGCGGAUGCACCGGAAUGUGCGUCAACAUGUGCAAAACCGCGACGCAGGAUUUCUUCGUAAACGAUUUCGGGCUGCCGCUGACGAUCAAGCCCAACUUCGAGGACAAGAGCUGCGACUUUUACUUCGGUCUGACGCCGCCGCCGAUCGAGAAGGACGAGGCGCUGA